AUGGUACAAACAAGUGGAGCCACCACCAAACUUGCUCAGCACGAAGUUGUGCCUGCGCCCACUGAUAUGGGUGCUUUGGCUAACCGUAUCAAUAAGGAAACUCGUACUUUACACAAUAAAAUCGACAAGAUGAUGACUCUCAAAUUGGCACUUGCGUUAAGAGAUCCUAAGAUAUAUCGUCAAGGAUUACAAAGUUUUUAUCAUGUUUUCGCCACGAUUGAACGUUGUUUGAAAGAACAGAUCAAUGCUAAUAACGAAUGGUCGGAUAUGUUGAAUGAGAUCUGGAAACCAGAGAUCGCCAGAACAGAAAAAUGUGAGCAGGAUCUCAUGUUUUACUAUGAUGAUAACCGGGAAAAGUUUGAAAAACCAAUGAUGUCGGAGCAAAUUGAUUUUGUAAACCACAUCGUCAAGUCUUCUAAUGAUAAACCAUACUUGUUACUUGCAUAUUUGCAUGUUAUGUAUUUGGCGUUAUUUGCUGGCGGACGUAUUAUGAGAUCUUCAAUAUCAAGAGCUACUGGGUUGUUCCCACAAAAGAAUGGAUUGAAGCACGAAGAAAUUGUCAAGUUGGGCACAAAUUUCUUCACUUUUGAUGUUGCUGAUGAGAAUUUGUUGAGAUUGGUCUACAAGCGUGAUUAUGAAUUAUUGACGAGAUCGGGAUUGACAGAAGAACAAAAGUUGGAAGUUAUCGAGGAGUCCAAGUAUAUCUUUGAGCAAAACGGCAAAUGUGUUUCUGAACUUGAAAGACACAAUUUGGUGAGACUUUCUCGCAAGUGGUCUUAUAUAGCUGCGACCAAGGGUUCCUAUGUGUUGAUGGCACUUUUGGUUUUAGCUGUGUUGUAUUACGUUCGUCGACUUGUGGUGCAUGCUUUUUUCUAG